UGGACGCGGAGGGAGACGCUCCCGGGAAGUUAUUGUCGCGUCCCUUGGCGCCCGGCGCCGGACGCGGCUCGGAAUGGUCGCGAGGUAGUGUCGAGAUGUCGUGAUGGCUGGGAGGCCUGGGCUUUCGGGCUCGGAGCUGGAACCCGACUCGGCAUCUCCACCUCCGAAGAAGCGGAAACAGACUCUAACGAAAGAAGGUGCUUCCUCUGAUAGUAAAGAACCAGAAGUUGAAAGUCUAGAAAUCAUUCAGCCAGAUAAGCCAGAUAAGCCAGAGUGUUCUUUGGAAACUGGCAGUUCUAGGUUACAUGCAACGACAGCUAUCGCUUCUGAAACACAAUGCAAACAGUCGGUAACCAUUGAAACUGAGCCGAGAGACAAACCAGAGCCCAUAGGUGAAGAAAAUAUUAAGACGUCGCUUCUUCCAAGUGCUGGAACAUCAACCGCAACUGAGGUCAUGUCUCUUCGAAUAUGUCAGAAUCCUUCUUCGGGGUCUUCGAUUCAGGGAAUUAUUGCUGGAGGAUCUGAGUCUACUGCGAUAAGUCUUAGCGGAGAGGUUGUCGAAGGAGAGAGCACGAGUCAAGUUCAAAGUCCAUUGGUGGGUGAACAUGCCCAUUACCAGGAACUGUCACUAAUCGGAAACGGGGCCUAUGGCACAGUUUACAAAGCAAAAGAUCUUACCAGUGGUCAGGUCAUUGCACUUAAGAAAGUGAGGGUCCCCUUAACGGAGGAUGGUUUGCCAACGUCCACCCUGAGGGAGAUUGCUGCUCUCAAACAGCUUGACCGAUUCGAGCACCCCCAUAUAGUGAAGCUCUUGGAUGUCUGCCAAGGCAACUACCUUCAGUUACCUUCCGGAGAUGAGAGAUCAGAGAGGAUAGAUCGAGGCUUAACCCUGUGGCUCGUCUUCGAACACGUGGAACAAGACCUGGCUUCUUACAUGUCUGGUUAUGCCCAAACAGGAAUACCUCCACAAAUCGUUCGGCAGAUGUCAAAGGAGAUUUUACUAGGUGUAGAUUUUCUUCAUACUCAGAGAAUUGUACACAGGGACCUGAAACCUCAAAAUCUCCUGGUGACGAAAGAGGGCAGAAUCAAAAUAGCCGAUUUCGGCCUUGCGAAGACCUAUGAUUUCGAAAUGAGGUUGACCUCCGUAGUUGUCACUUUGUGGUAUCGAGCUCCAGAAGUUCUGUUAGGAUGCCCUUAUGCCACGCCAGUUGACAUUUGGUCCGUUGGUUGCAUUUUGGGUGAGUUGAACAGGCUCGAACCAUUAUUCCCAGGAACCAGCGAAGGUGACCAGCUCGAUAGGAUUUUCCAGCUGAUUGGCACUCCUUCACACAGGGAGUGGCCUGAGAACGUCUCCCUUAGCUGGACAACGUUCCCUCGUAGACAGCCCAGGCGUCUGAGAACCAUUUUACCGGAUCUCGAUGAUAAUGGGGUGGAUCUGAUAAAGAAUAUACUCAUCUUCAAUCCACACAAUAGACUGACUGCUGCCCAAGCUCUCAGGCAUCCAUACUUCGCUGAAGAUGACUCUCGAUGAUCACCCCUCGAAUGUCUGAUUCAUCAUUACGAUUGAAAUGGUUAAUUCCGACCAGCGGAGUUAGUUUAUUUAUCUUCAACUGUAGACAGUAUAAAAAGUGAAAUGGCGUCGGUGAUCUCUAUAUUAGGGAUGUCAUCAAACUGUUUCUGGAUGAUACUACUGCGAGACAAGAGCCAAAAUAAUAGCAGUUCGUGUAAGUUCCUUCCACCACCUCAGUUAUUCCGUUAUCCAAAUAAGAUGGUAAACCGCCGACCAAUUAAGUCCUUAUUUAUCCGUGUUAUAGUAAUUAAAAUCCAAAAAAGCGACUUUCUUUGUACAGUUAUCAUUGCUACAGCCGAGCAAUUUCCUUAGGAUCUCUCGAUGAUAAUUUAUUCUGCUUUGUUGAAAUUUGAAAAGGAAUUGAGGAGGAAAAUGUUUGAUCUCUGGAAGCAAUAAUUAAUGUCUGUGACCAGUUAUUAACUUUUGGCCCUAAACAUCUCAAAGUAAAUUGACAGAUAUUGAAAGGUAAACAUUAUCGACCGUUUACAUUUCAAUUAAUUGAGUUUCUUGUUUCAUUCUUUGUGCUAAAUACUAAAAACUAAUAGAACUACAUAAUUCAUUUAAUUGAAGUUGAAGUUUUUAUAGAAACAAUUUCUUCGCAUUGUCCUUUCAAGUUUCAGCAGGAUCUUUCUUAUUUGUAAAAAAUCUUUGACAGGCAGAUGAAGGAAGGCCACAUGGCUUAUAAGGUGAAUUGAUACAAGUCAUGCACUAUAUUGGAGACAAUUUCAUGCUCUUCGUUGAUACAUAUCACUAAUAUUUUACACACUUUUCAUUAUAUUUCCUAGCCCUUGAAGAAUAACGAAAACGACACUCCUGUCGCAUUUGAAGAGUGGUGAGGGAAAGUGUCAAUGGAGUCGCAUAGAAAUAGAGGUGAAAAACUAAUUUUUUCUUUCUAAAUUAAGAUAUGUCCAUUUGUAGAAAGCAUUCUCGCGUGUCUAGAUCUUAGUAUUAACAAGGGGGAAAAAUUUAAUAUUUAGAUUAAUAUAUUGGGACCUAAGAAAGUUUUUUGGAUAAUCUAUUCCAUAAGAUAAUUUUGCAUCUCGAUUCUAAAAAAAGACCAUAGAAUUUUUCAUCUAAAUAUAUUUAUUAGAAUAAAUAGUAUUACAAAAGAAAGAAGGUUUCUUAUGCUAGGAGGUUUCUUAAUUAAGAAAGACUAAUUUUCACUAUUUUUUAUGCGAUGUUAUCGAUACUUCUCCUUACCCCUACGUAGUUACAAUUCUGGCCUCGAUUAGUAUCGAGAGCUCGAUCAAACUAAUGGUAUUUAAAAGCGGUAUUUGAAGUUAGUGUGUAGUGUUAUUUUUCUUUACGUUGUAAGUGAAAAAUCAAGAGUUUUGUACUUUUUGCAAAUGUCCUAGAUAUGUUGUAGCCAAAUAGAAGUCAGCUCUGAUUCGCUCUGAUUCAACGAAAUCAUCCUUAAGUGGGAAUGGCACUUGAUUGCUCUACUUUUCUUUAUAAUUUACACCAAACUUAUGCUGGAAUUUAAAAUGAUUAUAACAGGUUAGAAUUUGUCAAAAAUUAAUACAUUUCAUAACAAUUCUACCGUCAAGUUUCUACGAUCGGUCUACAAUUAACAUUCAAUUUUAAUUGUAAUUUCAAGUAAAACAGCAAUUCUCGUUCAAGGCAUACACGUCAGAGAAACGUCAAAAUUGACUGACAAAUAGUAACAAUGUAAUGCAAAGCUUUAGUGUUAAUUUAAAACGUAUGAUAUUUUCAAGAAACCACCUACACGUAAUAGUAGUACCGGUACAUCUGCUUUCACUUAAUGUUUACAAUCAGUUUAUAUUCAAUUCGGCAGAGGGACCAUUCAUCUCUAAAUCAUUAUCAUUUAUCAUUUCUUGAUAAUUUCUACUCAAAAUUUAUACCUCUAAUAAUUAAUUUUUAAGUGGUAAAUGAACUUUAAAUGAAUUAAAUCUGAUUUGCAAAUUUAACUUGACAAUAUUCACGUUUACACGUAACUAUAAGGUAGAGAUAAUGUUAUCGAUCAAUUUUAUAUUUAAAUUUGAUUUUUAAGUGAAAGCAGCGGUACCUACUUCGAAGAGAUAUUUAUAUGUAUAUGUAUGUGUAUGUAAGUCAGAGAAUUGUCAAAAUGUGACAGCUCCUGUCUGAGUUGAUAGCAAAGCUUAGGAUUAAUUUAAAAUGUAGAAUAUAGUUUUCCAUAAGACUGGGGUCUAUAUGACUCGUUAUAGUACUGUCGGAAGGAAUUAGAAUCCUCCACAGAGAACCAGAGAAAACACUGCCAUAAUUUCUUGUACGUAAGUUAAGCUCUUCAAGAGUUAAGUGUACUUGUUACUUCGUUAGUCCUGUAAUUUUAUGUACUAUAUGAGCAACGUGUAUAAACCUCGUCGAGAUGUAAGCCUUAUUUAUACCCAUCGGACUUAGAAUGUAAGUAUAGUAAGACAAUCAGAAGACAUAAGGCAUCGUUAAGACUGUAUAACUGCGAAAUAAAGAUUUUUAUACUUUUGUAAGUA